AAUAGAAAAGGGAAAGAAGAUGUUUCGGCUGAACAUUUUGAGUUGAUGACGGGGAAUAUUAGUCUGCGCUGAAGGCGAUAGCCACAGAAUCUUGAGGCUGUUAUUUUGUGAACGUCCCUUUGUGACGAUUUCUGGUACGGCGACCCCAUGGUUUUCCGGUCACCCUUAGAGAUUUACCCAUCACACCUUUUCCUGCCUAGCCUUGCGGACCGGCCGCUGCUCUUGGCGGGUUCCCUUCCCAGAGCUCGGUCUCCGGAGGAUUUGCCAAUGUUUCAGCUGCCAAGCCUGAACUUCUCGGCCACACAGGUGGCCAGCGUUUGUGAGACGCUCGAGGAAACGGGAGACAUCGAGAGACUUGGCCGAUUUCUAUGGUCCCUGCCGGUGGCCCCGGGUGCAUGUGAUGCCAUUAACAAACAUGAAUCCAUUCAGCGAGCUCGGGCUGUGGUUGCCUAUCACACUGGAAGCUUCCGCGAGUUGUACCACAUCCUGGAGAACCACAAGUUCACCAAAGACUCUCAUUGUAAACUUCAGGCUAUGUGGCUAGAUGCUCACUACCAGGAAGCCGAAAAGCUCCGCGGAAGGCCUCUGGGACCAGUUGAUAAGUACCGCGUACGGAAGAAGUUCCCUCUGCCUCGGACCAUCUGGGAUGGUGAGCAGAAGACACAUUGUUUCAAAGAACGGACUCGCGGACUCUUACGAGAGUGGUACCUCCAGGACCCGUAUCCAAACCCCAGCAAGAAAAGGGAAUUGGCACAAGCCACGGGACUAACGCCCACCCAGGUGGGCAACUGGUUUAAGAACCGACGGCAAAGAGACAGAGCUGCAGCAGCCAAAAAUAGACUUCAGCACCACGGCCUGGGCCAAGGCAGCCUACGAUCUCUCUCCGAAGCCGGCUGCACCCCUCACAGCUCGGCCGAAUCCCCAACCGCCAGUGUAUCCAGCCUGAUGGAGCGUGCAGAUGCAAGCACCAUUCUUUCUGUUACGGACAGUGACUCUGACUUUGAUGUCUAGUACGACAACGCCGAUGACCUCCCGUGAACUUGGACCAGAAACAAAGUUUUGGGGGUGGGCAAGAAUAGGACCAAUCGGUACAAAAAUUGUUCUUGUGAGAAAGAAAGACUAGCAUGUUGAUAAGCGCUUCUGCAGACAGGCGCUGCAUCAUCUCACCUUGUAGCCUGCAUGAUAUGGUUCAAUGUUAAUUUUAAAGUAUGUUUGUUUUAUUAACGUGAACAAACUGACGGAGACUCUUGGAGGAAACAGUCCCUCAACGCUUUUCAUAAAGCUGACCACUUUUUUUGCCCCAAUUCAAGUCUCAGCAGGAAGACCAUCCCUUCAUAUUACUAGCUAUCCUCUAUUCAGACAAUCGUUUUAGUCGAAAGCACCUUUGCAGUCACCUUCGGCUGCAGGAGGGUUACCUAUUAGGCUACCUUUUAAUGUCUAAACCCGCAGUGGAGUGUGUGUGUGCGCGCGUGUGUUUGUGUGUGUGAGAGAGAGAGAGAAAGAGAGAGAGAGAGAGAGAGUGUGUGUGUGUAUGCAAGCAUGGGGAGAGUAUAUUUGCGUAUGAUUAUUGUUUAUAGGUCUACAAUGUGUGUCAUGUCAGUACGCUUCUUUUCCUUGGAAUUCUACAAUUGCUCCUCCAUGAAAUGUGUCUAAAUAUUUGUAAAGUGCUUUGAUAUUUCAGUGUUUGUGCGUUUUCUACUCUAAAUAGGUUUAUGGCGCUGAAGAACAGUGUUAUGGGUCACUUUUAUGCAAAUAAAUAUAAUUUAAUAUAAGUAUAA